ACCCACCCACCCACUACCACCACAGCAUAUGCUCCUACAGUCCGACCUCAAAAACCCCCAAAAACUCUGGACACAGCGAGACUUUUUAAUCCCACCCGUUCUUUUGAUUGAUCCCACUUGGGGUUUCUCGCAGUAAAACCGACUCCGGGAGGGGAUCGGAGGUCUGCCUUUCUCCGCCGUGGAAGAUGAUGAAUUUUCCGAUGAUACUUUCUUGAUUCUCCUCUCCCCUUUCUUUGAAUAUAUUUAUAUAUUUAGGAAAGAAAAAAAAGCUUCUUUUUUGUCCUGGGUUAAUGAUUCCCACUACAGUGUGCAAAAAACAAAGAAACCUUCGUUUUGCGUGCUUCUCUUUCUUUCCUCCGUGUUCUACAAAAAGGGCAAGACUUUGAUUGGAUUUUGCUGUUCCAGUUGGUGAAUUGGCUGAAUCGGAGUUGCCCACCCUGUUAUUUUACUCUAUUUUGCCUUAAAUUUCAGUUGGUGUGAAUGGGUCUGGUCUCAAGCUGCCAAGGCAAUUUUCUUGAAGAUGUCUAUGAGUUCUAACAUCCAUGUAAUGAAGGGAAGCUUCUCCUCUAAGGUCAGGCUGAAGAAGGCUAGAGAUUCCCCGCAUGACGGGUUGAACUGGAGAAGGAACUUUUGGGUGCUGUGGCUCUUUCUUGUUGCGAUUGGAUUCAUUUGGUUGCUGAUUAGCUCUUCGUAUGGGGGUUUGAGGAGGAGUAGGGAGAGCUCGCCCGAAUUGGAUGGAAGCAAAGUCAGGUUUUUGCUUCAGCAUUUCAAUGUCAGCAGGGACGAACGUCGAGCUCUAGCUUCCUAUUUUGUUGACACAGAUCUGAUUUCAUUAUUAAAACGUAGCGGAAACCUGAGAUAUGAAUCUAGUCUUGUUACCGCCGUCACUUGCGUUCUCAAAGUAUUAACUUCAGAAAACCAAUGUUAUGAGCAGCAAUGUGAAUUGGCAGAGAAACUAGAUGCAUAUGGACUGUGUCCUGUUUCAGAUCAGAAAACCAUUAGGCUUAUCAACUCGGUUCUACAACAGACAUCUGCACCAUUUGUUUCACAUUGUGUACCAUCUUCAGUCUCACCACACCAUCAGUUUUCUGGAAAGGAAACAUUGCAAGUGAGAGCAAUUGGAGAUCAGUGCAAGGAUAUAGCCUUCUGUUUCACAAAGGUAUGCUGGUGGAUCCUUCUUGGCAUUGCUGUCUGCUGGAAACUAAGAUGGUUGCAUGGAGAGUCAGGUGGAAACGAACAACAGAGAGUAGCCGUGCAGCAAGAGUUGGCUCAGCAACCUCAGCUACUGCAACACCUGCAACAGCAGCAAGCUCAUGUUGCCUCUAGAGUCGCUCGAAGGUGGAGGGAAAAGCUUCUUGUUUUUUUUGUAUCAUGUGGUGUGAUAGGAUCCAUCGGGAUAUUCUGGAAAAUGAACAAAGAUGCCACAUUGGAAAGGAAAACCACACUGGCGAGCAUGUGUGAUGAACGAGCACGAAUGCUGCAGGACCAGUUUAAUGUCAGUAUGAACCAUGUCCAUUCACUGGCUAUUCUCGUCUCCACAUUUCAUCAUGGAAAGAAACCUUCAGCUAUAGAUCAGAGAACUUUUGAAGAAUUCACUGAGAGAACAUCAUUUGAGAGACCACUGACAAGUGGUGUGGCUUAUGCACUAAGGGUUCUCCACUCAGAAAGAGAAAAUUUUGAGAAGCGGCAGGGAUGGUCAAUCAAGAAAAUGGAAGCUGAGGAUCAAACUCUGGCCCAAGAAUAUAUGCCUGGGAACUUGGAUAAUGCUCCGGAUCGAGAUGAAUAUGCACCAGUCAUAUUUUCUCAACAAACUGUCUCCCAUAUCGUGUCCAUUGAUAUGAUGUCUGGAAAGGAAGACCGUGAAAACAUAUUACGCGCUAGGGCAUCUGGGAAGGGAGUCCUGACAUCACCUUUUAAGUUAUUGAAGUCCAAUAACUUAGGUGUAGUGCUUACAUUUGCUGUAUAUAACACUCAUCUUGCUCUCUCUGCUACACCAGAUCAACGUAUUAGUGCAACUGUUGGGUAUAUCGGUGCUUCUUAUGACGUUCCCUCAUUAGUUGAGAAGCUUCUACACCAGCUUGCCAGCAAACACACUAUUGUUGUGAAUGUUUACGAUACAACAAACACAUCUGCUCCAAUGAAAAUGUAUGGCACAGAUGAGGGUCAGAUGGAUUUCCUCCAUGUUAGCAGCCUUGAGUUUGGAGAUCCUGCUCGGAAGCAUGAGAUGCAUUGCAGAUUCAAACAUAAACCUCCCCCACACUUGAUAGCGAUAGCAGCUUCUUUUGGAGCUCUUGUCAUCACUUUGCUUGUUGGCCAAAUAUUCCAUGCUGCCUUCAAUCGGAUUGCUAAAUUUGAACGCGACUAUCAGAAGAUGAUGAAGCUCAAACAUCGUGCUGAGGCUGCAGAUAUUGCUAAAUCCCAGUUUCUUGCUACAGUUUCUCAUGAAAUCAGGACUCCAAUGAAUGGCGUGCUAGGCAUGAUUCAGAUGCUGAUGGAUACAACUCUUGAUGCCACUCAACGGGACUAUGCGCAGACUGCUCAUGCUAGUGGGAAGGAGUUGAUAACAUUAAUCAAUGGGGUGUUGGAUCAGGCUAAAAUUGAAUCGGGGCGACUUGAGUUGGAAGCUGUACCUUUUCAUAUAAGAGCAGAGCUUGAUAAUGUCUUGUCACUUACAUCCGGAGGAUCUCAUGAAAAAGGAAUUGAGUUGGCUGCUUAUGUUUCUGAUCAGGUCCCAGAAAUGGUUGUUGGAGAUCCUGGAAGGUUCAGACAAAUAAUUGUGAAUCUCGUUGGAAACUCAAUCAAGUUCGCAAAAAACAAAGAGGGGCAUGUGUUUGUGACAGUACAUUUAGUAGAUGAAGUGAGGUGUCCGCUUGAUGUGAAGGACGAAGUCCUGAAACAAAGCUUACCAUCACUAGUUCAGGACACCACAAACUCAUCUUUCAACUCUCUGAGUGGGCUCCGUGUGGUCGAUAGAUGGAGAAGUUGGCAAAAUUUCAAGAUGUUUAGUGAGGAGGAUGAAUGUGAGACAAUCAAGUUGUUAGUGACAGUUGAAGAUACAGGUGUUGGGAUUUCACUUGAAGCACAAGGCCGCAUUUUCACACCUUUCAUGCAGGCUGAUAGUUCAACAUCUCGGACAUAUGGAGGAACAGGAAUAGGGUUGAGCAUAAGCAAGCACUUGGUGGACCUUAUGGGCGGCGAAAUUGGAUUCUUUAGUGAACCUGGCAAUGGAAGUACAUUUUCCUUCACAGCAGCCUUUUCAAGAGGUUCUGUGGACGCAAAGGGGAAAGAGUGUGACUCGGGUGUUUCAGACUUUGUUGGGCUAAGAGCAUUAGUUGUAGACAAUAAAACCAUUCGAGCAGAAGUCACCCGAUACCACCUUCAGAGGCUGAGGUUGAAUGUGAAGACAGUGUCCACAGUAGAUCAUGCAUGUUCAUAUCUAUGUUCUUGCUCAAAGACAAGUGAACCAGAGCAUUUGGACAUGAUUUUCAUUGAUAAAGACAACUGGAAUAAGGAGACUGCUUUUGCACUUUGUAACAUUGUAAAAGCUCUUAGGUCAAAUGGCUUGAGGUCUCCCCUGGGAUCCACUCCCAAAUUGUUUCUGCUGGCAACAGAAAUGAGCUCCACUGAACACAAUGAUCUGAAGUCAGAUGGGGCAGUGGAUUAUGUAUUAAUAAAGCCCAUUUGUUUGAGUACGUUAGUUUCAUGCUUUCGUGAAGCUGCUGAUUCUAGACAUAAGAGUCAAGUGACGAAGCAAAAACCCUCAACUCUUAAAGAUCUACUAAAUGGCAAACAAAUUUUGGUAGUAGACGAUAAUGCUAUAAACAGAAGAGUUGCACAAGGUUCUUUGAAGAGAUAUGGUGCAAUUGUGACGUGUGUGGAUGGUGGAGAGUCUGCUUUGGCAGUUCUUAAGCCACCUCACAAAUUUGACGUUUGCUUUAUGGACCUCCAAAUGCCACUUAUGGAUGGGUUUGAGGCAUCCCGACGAAUCCGCGAUCUAGAGAAUGAAUAUAAUGGAAGAAUAAAUUCUGGAGAGAGAUUGGUUGAUGAUACUUCUGGCAAAGAGGGUCGUUGGCAUAUGCCAAUAUUAGCAAUGACAGCAGAUGUUACCAGUGCCACAAAUGAUGAGUGUAUGAAAUCUGGGAUGGAUGGUUAUGCAUCAAAACCAAUUGAUGAAGCACAGCUAUUUUCAGUAAUGUCACGUUUGUUUGAAUUGGAUUGAUUCAUGGUGCCCUAGGCAGGCGGAUAUAUAGUACCCUCGGAUGGCCUCAAAGGAAGGAGCUGAUUUUACUAAGCUGUUCAAAUAUCUGACCUUUUGACUUUGCUGUGGAGAUCAACACACGUUCACGACAUUUCAGUCGGAGUACACUUGAAUUUAGUCCAAUCUGGGUUCUUGCCUGCGAUGGUUAGUGCUGGCAAUGCGAGUCCCCACAACACAUAAACGCUUCUGGAGCUCAACCAACAGUUCAACUUCUUGUUCAUAACUUCCCAAGGUGCACAAAAAAGAAGAUAAAUUUCUGCAGCUGUGAAUAUACCCUCCUGUCUAUCCGUGUGUCGUCAAUUCUUUGGUUUUUGACCGGUUCCAUCUGCACAGGUAUGCACGAGGCAACUCGGAGACGAUUCAUGCCUCUGUAAAUGCUUUCCCACUAAGAAUAGAUAGCUUUUGGUUCUCAAAUUUGUCUCUGUGUAAAUGCUUGUAAUGUGAGUGAAAGGUAUGGUUAGGACCCUUUUUUUCAAAAUUAUCAUUUUUUCGUGUUGUAAGUAAAUGAUACAGUUGUAUGUCUGUAUGCCUAUAGGUAGUUAUGACUCUCUUUGGUUUUAGAAUGUGAAGUAAUAUAUAGAGUUAAUUUCU